GGUUGGUGAAAAGUCAACCGCAGCUAUCUCUUUCUCCAUUUCCCCUUCUUUCUCAUUCCCUUUUCCCCUCAUCUUCCAACUUACCUACUAAAACCUAACAUUUUCAUUUGAGUUUCGUUUUGUGUUUUGUCAACUCGGAAAUGAUUUGCAGAGUGAGAUUCGGCGGAUGCAUAUUGGCCCUCUGCCUCUGCCUUGCUGCGGCUGCUUCUCCUAUUACCCAUCCUUCUGAAGUUAGUGCAUUACGAGCAGUGAAGAAGCAAUUGGUUGAUCCAAUGAACAAUCUCAGAAAUUGGAGCAGAGGGGAUCCUUGCACAGCCAACUGGACUGGAAUUCUAUGUUCUAAUGAUCUUGGGGAUGAUGGAUAUUUGCAUGUUCUGGAACUUCAGGUACUGAAUAUGAAUCUCUCAGGAACUUUAGCGCCUGAACUUGGCCAACUUUCUCGUCUCAGAAUACUAGAUUUCAUGUGGAAUGAAUUGACUGGCACUAUACCAAAGGAGAUAGGACAUAUCUCUCCCUUAAGACUCCUGCUCUUGAAUGGAAACAAAUUAUUUGGUUCUUUGCCAGAUGAACUUGGCUACCUUUCAAAGCUGAAUAGACUUCAACUAGAUCAGAACAACAUUUCUGGUCCAAUACCAAAAACGUUUGUCAACAUGAGCUGUGUGAGACAUCUCCACCUCAACAACAACUCCUUUAGUGGCCAAAUUCCACCGGAGUUAUCUCAGAUACCCACUUUGCUUCACUUGCUUUUGGAUAACAAUAACUUAUCUGGAUACCUUCCUCCUGAAUUCUCAAACUUGCCAGAACUGCGCAUACUUCAGCUUGAUAACAAUGACUUCAGUGGAUCUGUUAUUCCAGCUUCAUACGGAAACUUUUCGAGAUUAGUGAAAUUAAGCCUUAGGAAUUGCGGCUUGUGGGGAGCUGUUCCUGAUCUUAGCAGGAUACAAAACCUUUCCUAUCUGGAUCUUAGCCAGAAUCAUCUUACUGGACCCAUACCAACAAAUAAGCUUUCAGAUCACAUGACAACCAUUGAUCUUUCAGAUAACCAGCUAAACGGAACAAUCCCUGCAAGUUUCUCAGACCUUCCUUCACUUCAGACUCUAUGUCUCGAGAAUAAUUUUAUGACAGGUCCCAUUCUUACCGACAUUUGGCAGAACAUGACUUUCAGUACUAGUGCUAGACUUAAGCUAGAUCUUAGAAACAAUUCCUUCUCAAGCAUUCAAGGACAUCUAAAUCCUCCGGUGAAUGUUACCUUGAGGCUUGAAGGCAAUCCUGUCUGCAAAAAUGAAAACUUAUUGAAUGUAGACUUGUUCUGUGGAUCUGAAUCUGGAGAGAAUGAGAUGCUUACAAACUUAAAUAACACAACAGCGAAUUGCCCAAUUCAAGCAUGCCCAAGAGACAAUUACUAUGAAUAUGUCCCAGCAUCUCCUCUGCCAUGUUUCUGUGCAGCACCUCUCAGAAUUGGAUAUCGUCUGAAGAGCCCUAGUUUUUCUUAUUUUCCUCCUUACAUCCAGCCUUUUGAGGCGUACAUGACUCGUUCUUUGAACUUAAGCCAAUAUCAACUGUCAAUUGAUACAUAUUCGUGGGAGAAUGGACGUCUGAGGAUGUACUUGAAGCUUUUUCCUAGCAUGAAUAACAACAACUCUAGUACUUUUAAUGUUAGCGAAGUUCAGAGAAUCAGAUGGAGAUAUAUGUCAUGGACUUUUCCCGGUAGCAACUUGUUUGGACCCUAUGAGUUGCUCAAUUUUACUCUACUUGGACCUUAUGCGGAUAUUAAGUUUGAGGAGAACACUAAGGGUGUUAGAAAGGGCGUUUUGGUAGCCAUUGUGGUUGGGGGUGCUGCCUGUGCAGUUGCAGUGUCUGCUAUAGUAGCAAUUCUAAUAACAAGAAAAGCUGGACAACGUCAAGCAAUGACAAGAAAACGUUUGUCUUCAAAGGUUUCUAUGAAGCUUGAUGGGGUGAGAGACUUCACAUUUAAAGAAAUGGCACUGGCUACUGACAACUUUAACAACUCAAGUCAAGUUGGACAAGGAGGAUAUGGAAAAGUGUACAAAGGCACUUUAACUGACAAAACAGUUGUUGCCAUAAAACGUGCAGAAGAAGGAUCUUUGCAGGGACAAAGAGAAUUUCUUACAGAGAUAAAGCUUUUGUCAAGGCUGCAUCACCGAAACCUAGUUUCAUUGGUUGGAUAUUGUGAUGAAGAAGGGGAACAGAUGUUGGUAUAUGAGUUCAUGCCCAAUGGCACCUUGAGGGACUGGCUUUCCGCUAAAUCCAAAGAAAGCCCAAAUUUUGGAAUGAGAUUACGUAUUGCACUAGGCUCGGCCAAAGGAAUUCUUUAUCUCCAUACUGAGGCAAAUCCUCCCGUAUUCCACCGAGAUAUCAAAGCUAGCAACAUUCUUCUCGACUCCAAGCUCAAUUCAAAAGUUGCCGAUUUCGGUCUCUCACGGUUAGCUCCAGCCGUCGAAGACGAGGGAACUGUUCCAGAUCAUGUUUCCACUGUUGUGAGGGGAACACCGGGGUACCUUGAUCCUGAGUACUUUUUGACCCAUAAAUUGACAAACAAAAGUGAUGUUUAUAGCCUUGGAGUUGUUUUCCUGGAGAUGUUGACUGGAAAGCGACCGAUAUCGCAUGGCAAAAACAUUGUCCGUGAGGUGAAUACGGCGCAUCAGUCCGGCACGAUGUUCUCGAUAAUAGAUGGUAGAAUGGGUUGUUAUCCAUCCGAAUGCGUUGAGAGAUUUGCAGGGCUAGCUAUGCGUUGUUGCCAAGACAAGACUGAUAAUCGUCCGUCAAUGUCGGAUGUGGUGAGGGAACUAGAAUUCAUACUGAAAAUGAUGCCAGAUAAUGAAUCAGUUUCAUCAGAUUCCGCUUCAUCGUCUUCUAAUUCAGGCAAGUUGUUACAGUCAUCUUCAGCUUCAGCGUCUUAUGUUUCGUCAUCGAAUGUUUUGGGUAGUGAUCUUAGCAGUGGCGUUGUUCCGUCUAUCACACCUCGCUGAGCGGUAACAGGCAGGCAAGACAUACAUACACACACAUACAUAUACAGAUACCAUGAUCAUCAUAUAGCAGUGUUCCUUCAUAUUGUUGCCUACCGUUUGUUUGAUUUUGGUACGAGCGAGCGUAUGAGAUUAGAGGGCAUGAAUGAAAAUUGUUGUGCAACUAUUAACACCUAGUGUAAAGUAUCAAAACCAUGUUCAUAAA